GAGGCAAGUUGAGGCAGCACGCGCUGGCAUGUCCGCCUGCGGACGGCUGGACUGACGGGGGAACAGGACUUCAUGUGCGGAUAAAAACUCCGGAUUUUCAUCCCGUACAGUGGCUUGGCGGGAAGGUUAGGGGGCUCUGGGAACAACAACAUUAUUUACAUUUUUUUUUUACCGCCUCACAUCUGUUUUGGGGGCGCGUGCGCUCCUCCGCCUGGGGGAUCAUGGGCUGUACGGUCAGCGCCGAGGAUAAAGCUGCCGCCGAGAGGUCAAAAAUGAUUGACAAAAACCUGCGGGAAGACGGCGAGAAGGCAGCCAGGGAGGUGAAGCUGCUCCUGUUAGGUGCUGGGGAGUCUGGGAAAAGCACAAUUGUAAAGCAAAUGAAGAUCAUCCAUGAAGAUGGGUACUCAGAAGACGAGUGUAAGCAGUAUCGAGCGGUUGUUUACAGCAACACCAUCCAGUCCAUCAUGGCCAUUGUUAAAGCCAUGGCCAGUCUCAAGAUCGACUACAGCGACCCUGCCAGGACGGAUGAUGCCCAGCAGCUGUUUGCCCUGUCUGCAGCUGCUGAGGAGCAGGGUAUUCUUCCUGACGACUUGGCCAACGUCAUCAGGAGAUUGUGGGCUGACGGCGGCAUACAGAGCUGCUUUGCUCGGUCGCGAGAAUACCAGCUCAACGACUCGGCGGCCUAUUACCUGAACGACCUGGAGAGGAUAGCGAAAGCAGAUUACAUCCCCACCCAGCAGGACGUGCUACGAACUCGAGUGAAGACCACGGGAAUCGUCGAGACUCAUUUCACCUUCAAGGAACUGCACUUCAAGAUGUUUGAUGUGGGAGGCCAGCGCUCGGAGAGGAAGAAAUGGAUCCACUGUUUUGAAGGAGUAACAGCCAUUAUCUUCUGUGUUGCUCUCAGUGCUUAUGAUCUGGUGCUGGCUGAGGAUGAGGAGAUGAACCGAAUGCACGAGAGCAUGAAGCUCUUUGACUCCAUCUGCAACAACAAAUGGUUCACGGAAACAUCCAUCAUCCUCUUCCUCAACAAGAAAGACCUCUUCGAGGAGAAGAUCACCCGCAGCCCUCUCUCAAUCUGCUUCCCCGAAUACUCAGGAGCCAACAAAUUUGACGAGGCUGCCAGUUAUAUUCAGACCAAGUUUGAGGAUCUGAACAAGAAAAAGGACACCAAGGAGAUCUACACCCACUUCACCUGUGCCACCGACACCAAGAACGUGCAGUUCGUCUUCGACGCCGUCACCGACGUCAUUAUUAAGAACAACCUAAAAGACUGCGGUCUUUUCUAAAGGACCAAAUUAAAUCCAGCAAACGUUUUUGUUUUUUCCAUAGGAUCAAACCCCGCCCCCCCACUGACUGCAUGAGAGACUGCGAAACCCUGAUCGCUGCUUUUCAUAAUGAAAACCAUGACGGACUUUAUUCCUGGAGCGGAGAUGCGAUGAAACGUCACAGAUUUCCAAACGUGGACUCUCCGCCUCGUCUGUUACUUUAUAGACAUACUCAUUUCUGUACAGAGUAGAUCUUCAUUUUAGUGUCGCACUAAUGUAACCCUCUAGUUUAAGAUCAAAUCAAUUAGAAACACUUUAGGUUGAGCGGAAAAAUGAAGUGCUGGAAAUGAAGUCAUAAAAACCGGUCACUGUAUUUGAAAUGAAACUGUUUUUGGGACCAUUCAGUCUUCAGAUCCGUCUCUGUGUCUGCGUCUCCUCACCUGCAGUUAGUUGAUUUUAUCGCCUUUUUCUUUAAGAGAGAGUAGAAACACUGCUGACUAAAAGAACUUUUCUAACGAGUUUAUGUUAACGCUCAUUUUCUGAACCUUUUGACAGCACAGAGCUUAUUUUUAUGGAAAACUCUUCCAAGAUCGCAGAGGAAAUCCGACGAAGGGAACAAAGUUUUUGGUACGUUUACACAGAACCAAUCCUCACUCUUGUAUGAUAGUGCAUCGUCCUGCAUGACUGUACAGAUAUUAGCCAGUAUUUCCCCAUAAGCAAAAUACGCAACUUUAAAGAGUAGAAGAGCAUCUUGGUUCUGUGCCACCUUUAAAGGAUCGGUUCUAAACAUUAUUGAUCCGGUUUGUCUCCAUUCCGAGUCUUCUUACGUCUGUUUGUGCCUUGAUAUUUGUUUACACUUGUUCUGUUUUAUUUACAGUGCAUUGGGGCUGUUUAUAUCCCACCUAAAUUCACACACAUUCCGUCAUUCUAAAUUCACUGAGAUAGUUGAUGGUUGUUUAUUAGCAUUAAGGUUAAAAUGUUUUUAUACUGCAGUGUGAUCGAUUAAGGAGUCUACGGGAGUUUUUAUGUGUAAUUGAAUCUUUUAACUAGCAAAUUUUAAAAAGAGGGUUAGCAGUGCUUAUGUAACGCGGGGUCUGGAAUGUGUCGUUUUUUGGUCAAAGAGUUUCAGAAUGAAGGAUCUGAGUAUUUUCUGUUGCUUAUAGCUAAAACAAAAAUAUCAAUCCAGUAUCCAGGAGUGAUGGAAAUUGUGAACAUCCGUCUGAUGAAUCGUCCGACACCAAGUUUCAUCUUGCAAACGCACAACUCAAGACUUAUUUCCACAAAAAAAGGUAGAACUAACCCUCUGGAUAAAAUUAACAGAACUAUCUUAUCAAUCUGAAUUUCAGGCGAUUUAAAUCAAACUGUCUCUUUUGCUGAAUAAUUCAGUGUCAUCACAAAUUAUGACUUCUAUAUUAACACAUGUAUCAAAUGUUAAAACAUUUUUCUGAGACAUUGUAUAAAUAAAACUGUAAUUAAACUAUGUAUACAAUCUCAUUAAACUUCUGCACUCUG